AUGAAUGCCUUACAGCUCAGGAUGCUGAUUUUUGAUCACAAGAAAAUGGCUCAGCGUUGGCACAAUGAAGAUUACGAACGGCCCAUUGACCAGGAAGGCUCUGGAGACGACGACUCUUUUGAAGAUGAAGAAAUUGAGGAAACGGAUGAGAUCUACUCAGGCUCUGGCUCAGGAUAUUUUGAACAGGAGUCUAGGAUUAAGACAGCUGUGCAGCUUACCACAGACCCUUCUGUUGGACUUUCAACAACCCCAGCAGUGUUGCCCGUCACAUCGGUACAGCCUGUCGCCACUCCCUUCGCGCCAUUCCCGGCUGAGGAAACCACCUAUGAUCCAGCCACCAGCGACCUCUAUGUAACCAAGGUGACUGAGGCACCGGCAGUCACCAUCUGGAAAGCGGUUACCACCACGGCAGGCACCACCAUCCAUGACACCACCACGACCACCAUGGCCACCACCACCACGGCCUCUACCACAACUGCUGCUUCCAAGACAACAACUGUCCUGAGAGUCCUGCCUCCCUUUAUCACUAUUGUAGCCACCACACAGGUGGUGACUCUUGAAACACCAAUUGUAGCUACUGCGGCUCCCAAUACAGAAUCCACCGCAGCUCCUCUGGUGACCACCAGCUUGACAAAGAUCAGAGGGAUGCCAAAGCCGAGUCCGUCACAACAUCCAGACAUCACGCUGCCACCACCUACGACUACAGUAGCGCCUUCAGAAUCAACCCAGACAGAGCCUCCGGAUGUGACCCUUUCCACGGCACUGAAUAACGAACUGGAAGUCCCUGUCAGUGGAGAUUUUGAAAUCCACGAAGAGGAGGACACGACUCGGACGGAGCUUGGUAAUGAGGUGGUUGCCCUGGUUACCCCAGCAGCAGGGCCCGGGCUGAAGAAGAAUGCUGAGCCGGGGCUCAUAGACAAUACGAUAGACUCGGGAAACUCAGCCGCGCAGCUCCCUCAAAAAAACAUUCUGGAGAGGAAAGAAGUGCUCAUAGCUGUGAUCGUGGGUGGGGUUGUAGGAGCCCUCUUUGCCGCCUUCCUGGUGAUGUUGUUGAUCUACCGGAUGAAGAAGAAAGACGAGGGGAGCUACACACUGGAAGAACCAAAACAGGCGAGCGUCACUUACCAAAAACCUGACAAGCAGGAGGAAUUCUAUGCAUAAAAGAACACCGCGAGUGCCUCGCCAUUUCUUUGUCUUGAUGCUGUCCUUUCUCUCUUAUUCUCACCUAGCCUCUUUCUCUAUUUCUAAUCGGUCUGUGAAAUUAUAACAAGGAGGAUAGAAGAAACCUCUACUGUUUAUCACUUUUUUUAAAAGGUAGGAACACUCGAAUCAUGUUCCAGCACAGGAAGCAUUCAGAGGACUUAAACAGCGCAAGGAGACAAACAGGUAGCAAUCUCAGUUACCCACUGGCCAUCUCCUUGGAUUGGUGCUUGAGUUAGCCACUCGGCCAUUUUUUUUAGCAACAGGAUGUCCUGGACUAACGCCUCCUGAGAACUGGUGCAUUGACUUUCAUGUAUGAGGUGUUCCAUGUGAUUUAUAGCACGUGGCAAUGCUCUUGUAGACAAGAGUGACACAGUAUGGUCUACGCUGACUUCCAGGGCAAGGAGAACGACAUCCCACCUGCUCAUGGAGUGCCCCAAUCAAGCAGAACCAGGCUGGAGCUGGGCCUUUGGAUUACUUCACUGGAGAACUCGCGUGGUCUGCGGAGACCACCU